AUGGAUGUUCCCCCGAGGUUCUUUCGCAGCCCACGACUGGUUUCACCCUUCUUGGGGCUCAUCAGUUAUUCUCAAUCCCCGAGUGUCCGUCAACCUUAUGUUCUACUUGAACGUCAUAAACGAGAAAUUCGGCUGGAUUGCAGUAUGACAUCAAUGUUCAACACCGAUGCUUCGGAGCAAUUCAGCCAUAAUUUAUUUGAAAGCCUUAAUUUUAGGAAGAGAAUAAAAGUGGAUGAAGGGGGGCUAAUGCUAUCCUACCACAAUCAUUCCGAUGUGCCUACACCCCCAGGCACUCAUGCUGACAAUCUGGAUUGA